CCGCACGGGGCUCGGUCCCACGUUAGGGAGUGGAUCCCAUUCUGUGGGGCGGGGGCUGGAAGCAUGGCGUGGGGAUGAACCCCCUCGGAACCGGACUGCAUCCCGCCGCAGGGACCGGGUCCCGUCCGGGGGGGUCUGGAUCCCGCUCCGUGUGUAUAUGGGGGGCUCUGGAUCUCGUUAUGGGGCGGGGGGGCGGAUUCCCCGGCACGCAGCUGGAUCCCCGUGCAGAAGCUGUGAUCCUCCCAUUGCAGGGCUGGAUCCCGGUGCAGGGCGGUGGGAUCCAAUGCUGUGCGUGUCAGUGUGCGAUCCCGUCAUUUAUUUUUUGGAGGGGUUGUUUGGACCCCCUGCGGGCAGCCGGAUUCCUUUGCAAGGGGCCGGAUGGCACCGCAGGGGCUGGGAGCAGCUGCUCAGAGGGGCUGCAUCCCGCUGCAGGGGAGGGGAUGGAUCCCAUUAUAUAUUGGGGGGGGAGGGGCCGGAUCACAUCAUGUGUAUGGGGGAUUGGAUCCCAUUAUAUGUGUGUAUGGGGGGCUGCAUCCCAUUAUGUGUACAGGGGGGCAGGAUCCCAUGUGCCGCUCUGCAUCCCCACGGGGGGGUAGGUUUACCCCCACUGUCACGCACAGAGCCCUGCGGGGCCGCCUGGCAACAGGGGUGUCACAGAGCCGUGCUGCCACCCCCGUGGGUGUGGGGGGAAACGCCGUGAGUGACACCGCUCCGUCCUUGUGCCCCACAGCGCCCGAGUGGCCGCCCCGCAACGGCAGCGCAGGCAGAGCCUGGGGGGGCCCCCUGCAGAAUGGAGCCCCCAUCAACAGCACCGACCCAUUGGGACCGCAGCUGGAGCCGCCCGGGGGGGGUCCGGCCACCGCCGACCCUACAGUGGGGUGCAUGGGGUGCAGUGGAGAGGCGGCUGCCAGCUCUGUGCCCCCCGUGCCCGAUGCAGCCCAGGACCCCCGGCUCGGCAUUACUGGGCCCGGCGAUGGCGAUGGCGGCGCGGUGGCUCUGGGCAGCCCUGAGGAGGUUGGCAGCGGCGAGCAGCCCACCAGGGCCGGCGUUGGGCCCACAGAGGGGCUGACACCGGGCCCCCCCAGCCUUGGGCUCUCCAGCCCCGGGCCCAACCUUGGUCUUCCCAACCCCAGCCUCAGCCUUGACCUUCCUAACCUUGGUCUUCCUGACCCCAACCUCGGUCUUCCCAACCCCAGCCUUGGUCUCCCCAGUCCCGGGCCCACCCUUGACCAUCCCAUUCCCAACCCCAACCCAAAUCUUGAUCUUCCCAACCCCGACCCCAGCCUUGGUAUUCCCACUCCCAACCUUGGUCUUUCCAACCCCAACGUCGCCCUCCCCAGCCCCAGCCCGAGCCCAGGCACCGAACCCGACCUUCUUCCCGUGGCCGAAGAUUUGGAGGUGUCCAUGGAGCUCCCCCAGCCCUCCUCCAGCCCGGUCCCAGCACAGAGGGCCCGCGGCCGCACGGACCGCACGUGGUUGGGCGCUCCGGAGCCCAUCAGUGCUGCCCCGGGCACAGCAGAGCCGCCCGAGAUCAUCGACGUUGACUACUACGAUGUGUUCGAUGGCGGCGAAGGCCCCGGGGGUGGCCGUGGGGCGGGCGGCGCGGCGCAGAGGGAGCCGGGCGGCGCGGCGACGCCAUGGGGCCUCCACGAGCUCUACGAUGACUUCACGCCCUUUGACGAAGCCGAUUUCUACCCCACCACCUCCUUCUACGCCGAAGGGGAUGAGGAGGAGGAGGAGGAGCUGGAGGAGGACGAAGAGGAGGAGGAGGAGGAAGAUGGCGGGCUGGAGGAUGAGAAUGGCUACAGACCGCCUGCCUCGGCCGCGCCCCGCGCCCCGCCGCCCCCCAGCCCCACGGGGGGGACCCCCAUGGCGCGGCCGAGGCCCGGGGAGCGUGCGGUGCCGGAGAACAGCAGUGAGUGCCGGAACGGAUACGUGCGGCACAACAGCUCCUGCCGCUCCGUCUGCGACCUCGUCCCCAGCUACUGCCACAAUGGCGGCCAGUGCUACCUGGUGGAGAGCCAUGGGGCCUUCUGCAGGUGCAACACACAGGACUACACGUGGCACAAGGGGACGCGCUGCGAGGCCAUUGUCACCGACUUCCAGGUGCUGUGCGUGGCCGUGGGCUCGGCCGCGCUGGUGCUGCUGCUGCUCUUCAUGCUCACUGUCUUCUUUGCCAAGAAGCUCUACCUGCUCAAGACGGAGAACAGCAAACUGCGCAAGACCAAAUACCGCACUCCGUCCGAGCUGCACAACGACAACUUCUCACUGUCCACCAUCGCCGAGGGCUCCCACCCGAACGAUGACCCCGGCGCACCCCACAAGCUGCAGGACCCGCUGAAGCCUGGCCUGAAGGAUGAGGAGCCGCUCAGCAUCCUCAGCACUGCGCCGGAGGAGGGCAGCAAGGGCGAGCCAGGGGGCUGUGGGGUGCCCUGCCUGCACAACAACCUGGGGUAGGGCGGGGGGAGACACAUUUGGGUGGCAUUUGUACAGAGGGUCCCAUUCGUGGCUGCGCCGUGUCGUCGGGUGUUCGCUUUGUGCUCUGUGUCUAUUGCUUGGGUCCGUUCUGCGCUGUGAUUUCUAAACCUUUGCUGUUCCGCCACUGACUUUUUUUGUACUUUUACCCCCUCAACACUUUUUUUGAAAUACGAGUGAAAACAACAACAAAAAAAAUGGAAGAUCUUGAAAUAAAACCUUUUUUUUUUUUUAAGUUAAGCCUCUUGCCGGUGCCUGCACUCUCCCUGUCUGUCAGCCUCACCCCAAAUGGCUCAGUGUCACCUGGUGGUGAUGGCCCUUCCCUGUCCCCGUGUGGCCCAUGUACACCCCAGUCUUGCCAGGUGUGUCCCACUGGAGCCAUGGAACAGUGGGGACAUCUGUUCAAGUGCCUGGGCUCUGACCCCAUACCCAUCUCUGUUCCCAUCCCCAUCCCAUUCCUCAUCCUUGUCCCAUCCCUGUCCUCAUUCCAAUCCCUAUCCAUGUCCCCAUCCCCAUUCUUGUACCCAUCUCCGUCCCCAUUCCAAUACCUGUCCCCACUGCCAUCCUAUUCCCCAUGCCUGUCCCCAUUCCAAUCCCUGUCCCAAUCCCAUCCCCAUCCCAUCCCAGCACAGGGUCCCCCUGUGAGAUGUGACUCAUGGUGUGGGGUCAUCACCCCCCAGCACGCUCUCAGUCCCUGCCCUGAGUGCCAGUGGUGUCACCACUGUCUGUCCCCACCUGCUUGCGGGAUGCUGGAGGGGAUGGCAGCCUUAUGUCCCCAGUGGGAACUCACUCCCCAGGCAGCUCAGACCCACGGAGAAUCCCAUUUUCCAUGCACACUGCAGCACCCAGCAGUGCCUUCACUUUGGGAAAUUCCUUUGGUGGCACUGAUGGGACC